AUGAAAUCCAACCAAGGCAUCCUCCUCAUCCUGCUCUUCACCACCAUCGCUGUGGGCCUCAUGCUGUGGGCCGCCAUCCGCUACGUUCGCACCUGCCGCAACGCCGUCCGCGACACGAUUGUCUACGAGGAGACCAUGGAAUACGACAGCAUCAGCGACUCCACCAACUGCAGCUGCGUGGUUCCGGAUCCGGCUCCGGCUCAGCUUGCCUACGCGAUUCCGCCUCCGCCCACAGCCUGGAUGCCGCCGACUAUCUUCGAGGUCCAGCCCUCGACUAUCUUCAAGGUCCAACCCUCGACGAGGAGGCCCGGCAUGGUCUAG